GCUAGAAGUUGGAAGUCUUAACUACUAAGCUGCUUUCAUUAUGAUAUCAUAAGGGAAGUAAAUCCGAAAUACUUUAACCACGACAUAUCAGUUUGUGUAUAUGAAGAAAAUAGUAAAGCCGUCUUUCAAUGAUUUUGUUAAUUGCGCACCGCUUGUGUGUUGUACAGAUUCAUAAAACUUUUGCUAUGUUUUAUUAUCAGUAGUAUUACAUUACUUCAGUAUUAUUAAAUUUUUUCAGCUGCAUCGCUUGUAUGACAGAUUCAAAUAUUUUGAAGCGUGUUUGGGAGGGUAAGGUUCCAGCUUGCUUUACGUUGGCACAAGAGGAUUUGGCGCAUGAAGAUCAUGCUCCUCCGCCUAUAUAUAUGUUCCUUCCUCGUGUUUCUUAUUUUCCAUUGGUUACUGAAAAAGUUAUACGACAAUUCAGUCAGUUUUCUGAAUGUGCACUCAAGACUGCAUCCAAAGAUAUGACCUCUGAGACACGGGGCAAAUUAGAACAUGAAAUGCAAUAUACUCAAUCCGAUCAGAUUGAUACUUUCAAACAGCAUCCUUUAAUACACGAAUUUUGGCUUGAAUAUGCUCAUCAACCCUUGAAAUGGCACUAUCCGAUCGGACUUGUAUUUGAUAUGUGUGCAGAUACAGUGGACAUUCCAUGGAAGAUAACAGUUCAUUUUAGUAAUUAUCCGACUGACUUGCUUUUAUCCCCACCGGUAAGUCGACUAGCUGUUGAAGCACAUUUCCUGUCGAUGAUUAAAGAAGCCGAUGCUUUAAAGCAUCGUAGCUACGUUAUGAAUCAAAUGCAAGCUAGAGAUCAUCGGCAAUUAUGGAAUGGCUUACUACACUUUCGAUAUGACCAAUUUUGGUCGAUCAAUAGCAAAUUAAUGGAGCCUCUUCCACAAAAUACCAAGGAUCUUCCUUUAGAGGAAAUGUCUGCCCCUGGAAUUCCAGAAAAUAAACCAUUGUCUUCAAGUCUCAAUAACAUGUCAUCUUCAAAGUGUAGAACUUUUCGUUACAUUCCAUGUCGUCUGUAUUGUGUUUCUGAGAAUUCAAGUUCCACACCAUCUGGUUUCAUUCAAAAACUUAUUCGUCCUUUAAAUGAUGACGGUUCGCUUACUUCACUUCAAGAUGCUAUCGAAAUUCUUUUGCAUACAAAUAAAAAUCCACUUGUACAAAAUACCAAACCAAAAGGGUAUCUGUUUUUCAUCCAUGGUAUCACAUUACCCCACGAAACACCGAUGCAAUGGAUCAGCGAACACUUAUCCUAUCCUGACAAUUUUGUGCAUGUUGUUGCACGUCCUCAAAGCCAUUCUCAUCGAAUUAAAAUUCAUAAUCCUUCAUACAUGUAA